AUGGCUUCAAACAAUGUUUCCCCAUCCCAAGAACAGCGUUGUGGCGUGAAGACCGGCUGCAUGUAUCCGUCUUUGCCAUUGGUUGGGCCUGGGGCCCAUGUUUGCCGAGGAUGUGGCGAACCAGUGCAUAACUUGUGCUGUCAAGCUGCGGGUUUUGAUGAAAUUGACUUUGUGUGUUCUCCAACAUGCAACACAAGUAGUAUCGAGGCCAGUAUUGAGGAAAGUGCUACUACAAGAGGCGAAGCAACCAUCAUCAAAACGAACUGGAAUACAGUCACAUGGGAUGAUGUUGUUGUUACACAAGAGCCUGUUAAUCUGGUGGGCGUGGAGUCUCAAAAAACAUGCCUUUGCACAAUCAAAGGUAUUCCCGCAGCCGAUCUCACAGCCUCUGACUGUCGCGUCAUAGGGAAGAACCUCAAAGUGUCUUCUUAUACUAGAAAGAGGAAGGGAGUUCUGUGUGAUAUGAUUGCAAAACAAAGACUUGUCUCACAAAUGAACAUGGAUGAGAUGUAUCGCCAAGACAACAAUCAUGACCGCCACAAGAGGAAAGUUGCACCCACAACCGCAGCAAAGAGGAAUCCUGCGACACUGCCCCCUGUUGUACGAAGUUCUGGGACUAUAUAUCGGUUUGUUAUGACCAUUUGUGCUGAGGAGAUGCGAGAUCUUGUUGAAAAUCUUGGAAAACAACCCAACCGCCAAGAGAUGGAUGCUGGCAACAGGAAUGGCGAACGGCUGUAUCACGAAAUUGCAAAAUUCUACAACAAUGAAUUGAAUUCUGCACUGUCUUCCAUCCCUAUGUCUGACAUCAAUAUGCAGGAUAUGCUGGAACUCAACAACAUUGAUGAGGAUGUCUGCGGUACAGACUAUGACAAGUUGAAUGCUACUGAUUGCCUCAAUUUGAAGAAGCACAUCGAUCACCAUUACAGGGUUGCUCAUGAAAAAAAUAAAAUGUCGGGCAACCACGGCGACUUCCACAACUUUGUGGGACAACGGCCAUUCUUGUAUCUAUAUCACCUGCUGAUGAAAGAAUCUUCGAGCUACACAGUUCUGCAUAGAGCGGCGGUGAAGGGUAUUCCUGCGGAUGUGUUUCGUGAUGGUGGAUUCCAGAAGACCCCAAGCAAGCCCCCCCCGCGAAGCACUCGCAGCAGCCUUUCUUCAUCUGGAAAACGGAAGAGCCGCCCUGAGAAUGACUUAGGACAUUCCAUGAGAAUGCUUGUCGAUUUGAAGAGAGCCGAAAUGGAAAAGAACUCAAAUGAUUACAGUUCAAAGCUUCGGAAAGUUGAGGAUGACUUAGAUAAGAACUUGGAGAAACGGACGGCAAACAUGACCAAGACACUAAAACUCCAAGAACAAUUGAACCAAUGUUCAGAUGAGCACACUAAAGAACGUAUGAAAGAUCUACUAUGUGAUCUGGAAAGGGCAGACAUCAUGUUGGGCAAGUCUUACCGCGUUGUGGAAAAGAAGAGGGACGACAUCCUUGAGGACGCAAGAAGUCCAGUGUCUUCUCCAAUCAAAAGGCUCGAGUUGUGUUUUGAGACAUCAGACGUUUCGGAUGAUGAAGAGGUAUAA